GUGUGUGCGUAUCUUUGUGUGUAUGUGUGGAGCUCGUUCUUACAGCAUCCCUUGCUUCGACAGCGCCUCCAGCUCUGAGAAGAGCGAAGAACCUUCAAGUCCGGUCCCAGGGUCCCCGGCCGAGGUGCAGUCUUUGCCCCUGUCCCCGCCCGUACAAAGUCCCCCUCCAAGCAACGACCCGGCAGUGUGCGUAACCUCCAAAGCAAACCCGGAGUCAGUUUCGCCCGAGCCGAAGAAACCAAGCCGCAAAGAACACAAAAGGCGUCAUCUCGGAAGAAAGCCAUGCCCGGUGCACAACGCCUCGACGUGAGGGCAUUCCCGGCAUUUGGCGUCUCCUCCGAACAAAAAUUUACAAUCUCCCGCUUUUCCUCUUUUUCUUUUUCAGGCACCGAAGGUCGAA